AUGCCCCAACACCUGUCCGCAUUGUCCCUCCUCCUAGCGGCCGUAAUUCCCCAACAGAUUACCGCCUACUCCUCAAGCCCCGCCCCGCCCGCCUCCCGCCUUCCACUGCUCCUCGCCACCACCAUCCCCGCCCACAUUGCCGCCUGUCCAUCGAGGCCCGCGCCCGCCCCACCGAGCGGGGACGGUUGCCCGUAUCCGCGCCAUCCUUUUAUACGCUGUGAGGCGCUGGAUUGGCAGUGCUGCCCGGAGCCGCAGUUCUCGCAGUACGCCAAACAAGCAUGCCAACGCGGUGACCCCUUCGGGUGUUCCAUGUCUAGUAUGAGCUGGCAGAGGGCCGGCGAGGCUGACGAGGCGGCCGGUGAUGCGGCCAAACCGAUGGAUGUGCCGGCCAUGGCGGUCGGCAUGGAUGACCUCCAAGCGCCCGGGCCCGGCACAAUAACUCCACCGGAUCUUUUCACCGUGUGCUGCGUCGUCAAGCUGAAUAACCGCCAGGGUGACAACGGUGUUAACGAGAAUAAUGAAGAUUUUGAAAAUCGUCGUGUUGUCCACCGUUCGCAGUUGGUCACCGAACUGCCAUCGCACGACAAGCAAUGUUUUUUCGGGAGGAACGAAGGAUUACUGUACCGGAAAUAUGUCAUUCGUUUUGAACGCGCUCCUGAAAUAGCAAAUCUGGUAGCCAUGAAACUUUACCUGGACUCGGCGAGUUGCAUAGAAGCUGUUGGUAAUCGAAGCCGGGUGGUGCUCAAUCUCGGUUGUCGAUUCUUUGUGCGAGUGGAUGAUGAUAAGCGCACUGUUGCGUUUAUUUGUGCGGAAAUACACGGAGACGCGCUUCGGGCCUUAUGCUGGAGUGACAAUUCUUUGAAGCGAGCAUGCGAACUAAUGUGGAAGGAGCAGCAAGCGGCGAACCGCGACGGUCCAAUGUCGAUCCUUCCUUGGAGAAAUACCUCCGAAUGUAAUGGAGAAACUGGGGACACGAGAAUGAGUGACCUUCCACAUUCCAUUAUGACUAACGUUCUUUUGAACCUGGAUGUACAUAAUCAAGCAAGAACGAGAAGGGUUUGCGCGUUGUGGCAUGUGUUGUUGACGGAAACUGCCGCUUAUGUGGAUAUAAUCGUGGAUAUUUGCUCUCACCUGACCGACGAACCACAUGAUCAAAGGUCACACGCAUGCCUAAAUUACACCUACAAGCUAAUCAUAUUGAUGGACCAAAUUGUCACCCCACACACGCGAACACUGGUGCUUCUUAACGGACGCGCCGCGGACUUGGACUUCGAAACAGGGGCCCCGAUCGCCGCUAAAGUGUCGAAAGCCAAAGCGAUGCAACUGUCUACAAUCAUCGUUAAAGACUGCUCCAGUUCCUGUGAGAUUGCACGCUAUGAUCGUAGGGAAGGGUAUACCUGCGAAUAUCUGUCGCAGAUAGCCGCUGUUUGCGACCAGUUACUGGUAAUGAACUACAGUGUGCAAAAUGUCUUGAACUCGGGAAAUUUCGCCCGGGAUUUUCCUGAACACGAAAGAUGCUUUUUACGAUCAAAAGAGCGAAUCAAAUUGAGCGUUAAUAUUCCGCACCUGCGCCAUCGCUGCACGGAUGCGGUGGAUCAGAUGCCUCGGCGGUUUUUUAUUGCAGCCAAUAAUAACUGUCCACCGAUUGGUCAGCAAGUUGUCGCCAAGAUCAGAGCUAUCCAUAAACGCUGGGUGGAGCAUCUGGAUUAUCCAGCGGGUUGGUUAGGAAUUCGUGACCUCCUUAAUAUAUGCAGCGGCUUUCUCCCUGAUGGCAGUGCUCAUCACUGGAAUAACACGGACCUUCGUCAGCUGAAUGUAAAUGUCUUGACAAAACUGGCGAUGACUACUCUGGAUAGGUGCUACGUCGAUUGAACGGGAAUAUUGCCAUAUUUUUGUUCACUCCCGCGACCGGCGUCAACAUCAUGUCU